CAGCUUCCAGUAGGAACAAGAAAUGGCUUUUCAAUGUUUUAUAUAAUUAUUGACUGAAUUUAAAAAUAUUAAAUCUGUCUUAUUUUGUUCAUUAGGAAAUAUAAUCUUAUGUUAAAGGUUUAAAACAACUAGGCCUGUUCUUACAAUGACCAGCAAUGUAAGAGUAGGAAUUAACCUCCAGUAAACUUUAUGGUUAGAGUAAACUUACAAUAAAUUCACUUUGGUUCUUACCAUUUAAAAGUUAACUCUUACUACAAGUUAAUAAAUCUGUACAAUCUUUGUAGCACUUAGUAUACUGUUUACGGUAUAUAUAUAUGAUCAUGUGUCAGUUGUUUUCAUUGUUUUACAAGUUUUUGUGAAGGAAAGAAAAACAUGGGGUGAAGUGGGUGAAUUUUUUGAAGCUCUGGGUGUCACCAAAUGACAUCUAAAAAUUUUAAGAGGUAAGUAUGACAACAUGAAGAAAAAAGUUAAAAAGGAAAUAGCAUAUGGAAAGAAAGAUAUUUUCUUAAAAGGAUGGAGUAGUAAACCAGCCACCAACUAUGGCAAGAAUGCAGAAACACUACUGGGCUUAAUGGAUACCACCACUGUUGGACUGGAUAAUCCAUAUGAUGGAGACACAGUACAUACUGAGAAAGGAAUGAGCAGUUGGUCUGCAAAAACCUGCAGCCUCACUGAGUUCAGUAAUGAGCCUAUAACUGAAACUAUUGUUAUUGAAAUGACAGAGGAGCAGGAUGAAGAACACAUGUGGUCAUCCUUGUCACUUGCAAACCUCAAGUCUCUUACGAGUCCCGAAUUAACGGUUGAGGAUAGGUUUAAAAAAAAAAGGAAAAUUGAGGAUGCUAAUAAAGAAACUUUGCACACCAGAAAUGCGUUUUAUACAGAAGAAAAGAAGUGUGCUAAAGAGAUGCAUGAAUGUGAAAGGCAAAGACAUGAGUGAGUGGGAGAGAGAAAGC